AUGGAUGUUGCAAGUGUUCUCUGUAUGAAUCCUCCAGAAGAUGGGAAGAAGACCUACGCCAAUAAUUCUCAUCCCCAAAGAAUAAUCAUGUCAAAAUCCAAGCCAUUUCUUAGAGAAACCAUAAACAACAUGGUGAGGUCGAUGAGAAGUAGUAGUAGGAAUGUUGAUGGCGGUUGGCCAGCUUGUUUCAGAGUUGUAGACUUGGGUUGCUCGUCGGGAUCCAAUACUCUGCAAGUGAUCUCAGAGAUUAAUAACACCAUUAAUGAUGAGAUCAUCUGUAACCAACACCAAGGUCAUCAUGAUCCCGAGAUCCAAGUCUUCUUAAACGACCUUCCUAGCAAUGAUUUCAACAGUGUUUUGAAAGAUAUUCCUGGAUUUUAUGAUCAACAUGACAAAAACAAGCUUCACUAUUUUGUGUCGGUUGUGGCUAGUUCCUUCUAUGGCAGACUGUUCCUCAGGAGUAAUCUUGAUUUUGUACAUUCUUCUACCAGUCUUCAGUGGAUAUCCAAGCUUCCAGAUGGUAUUGAUGGGGAAAACAAAGGGAAUAUAUACAUAGGAAAUUCAAGUCCUCCAGAAGUAUAUAAAGCUUACAAGGAGCAAUUUGAUAAUGAUUUCUAGUUUUUAAGGAUGCAGUCUGAAGAAAUGAAGCCAAGAGGUUGCAUGCUUCUUAUCUUAAUUGCCAGAAUUAUUCCACAUCCCUCGGCCUCUAAAUAUUUUUCUCCCUUGUGGGAUCUCCUUGCAACAUCUCUCAUGAAUUUGGUUGCCAAG